UUUUUUAUUUAUCAGAGCAGUCGCAGCAGAACACAGUGUAGUGUGCAGACGGUGGCUGGUGGUUGAUCGGGGUGCUUCGAUGAUGGUUAGUGAAACUGUGGUAGCUGUGUGCCGUAGUGGUCGAAGAAGAAGACAUUUAACGUGAUCAUUGUUGGUGCUGUGCAACGAGUACUCUUAUUAUUGAUAUUGAAAUAAUCUAUUCUAUUCGAUGCGACUACGUGCACUGGCCUGCCAGGCUGCUCCUGCUAUUGGCAUUGCAACAGCCACUGAUACGACCUGCGGCUGAUUAGUGAUGGCUAUGUCUGUCCUGCUAUCUGAAUCGCUGUCGAUCAGGUUAGACUUUGUUUCACGAUAACUAGCAACAGGCAACAAGCAAAAAGAGUGGAAAAAGACAUAUCGACAGACGGACGGACGGACAGACGUGUAUAUGUGUGUAUUGGAAGAGAAAGAGCCUGUCGUGCUGCUGCUGCUGCUGUUUGGGAAGGCAGUGGACGUGGUCGUGCAGCGAAAAGUCAUAAUAGCUUUCGAGUAGAGAAAAGGGGAAACGUCAGGCAGUUGAUUGUCUUAUUUAGGUGCGCACAUGAUCAAACAUUUUAUAAGACUGAGGAGAGCGGAGAAAGCAGGGAUGCUGUGAGUGAAUCUAUCUCAUUGCACUAACAAGGGUAAUAGGAACGCGGUAGCUGCAGUGGCAGGAGAUAGAUCACUUUAACGAUAAUCGAAUGUUGCUGCUACAACGAACGUACGCAGACGUGACGUGAUGUGUGUGGGUUCGAGCGCUUGGUGCUCAGUUACUUGCGAUGAACUUAUUAGCUAACAGAGUCAGAGCAGAUCAUCGCUUAGAGCCGCCCCUAGCGCUACAUAUACAGCAAUAUCUAUCGUCCAAACUAUUUCAACAGUCGCAAAAGUAGGGGCACAACUACUGGCAGUGAUAGAGACAGCGGAAUUAGCGGCGGCGGCGGCGGCGGCGGUGGCUGCGCCAACAAUCGCUAUAGCAGAAGCGCCAGGGCCUGGACUGUCAGCAGCAGCAGCAGCAAAAGUAGCUACAGUUGCCGCUCGCUUCGAAACAGAAGAAGAAACAACGACAGCGAUAGCGAAACCAACGAAAUCUGCGACAAAAACGGGAGCGGCGCUGGUGUCAUCGCCAUCAUCAGCUUCAGCAUCGUUCCCUUCGACGAGGUGUCGUUGUCGGGGCUCAUCGCGGCUUCAGUUACCGCCAGCACGAAGCGCUGUCGCUAGCAUUACUGCUGCUGCUGCUGCUGCUGCUGCUGCUGCUUCUUCAAGACGAUAACUGCUCGGGCUGCUGAAAGUUGAAAGAGGACGAGCGAGUUCAUCGGCCGCGGCCAGCAUCCCGCAGUUGGCAACUCAUUGACACAACUCAAUGUAUCUUAGUGCGUCAACGGGGCAAGGAGAUCGAUGCGGUCGGGGUUCGGAUGAGACGCUCAAUCGUUCCGAGUGCAGCAGCCUGGUUGGCUCUGAACACGAGCAGCCACAAGGGGCGUUGCAGACCCAGCUACAGCCGCCACCGCCACCUCAUCACCGGCCACCAUCACGAGAGGGUCAACCUCCAUCGGCUUCAUCGGUCGCGCAGCAACAGCAGCAACAACAUCACAAGGUCAAUCAGCAUUGAAGAAGCACUGUAUUCCCGACGGCAUCCAAUCAGCCAUCCAGACAGUCUCACACCGCUGCUUGGUGGCCCAAGCAGUCAGUGGUCGUUGAGCAGUGCUCUGCAACGGAGGUCGACAACUGAGUCGCUCCAGGAUGUAUCCUGUGAUUACUACCAUACUCAACCUUCGUUGCACACGCAUCAGCCCUCGCUAGAGGUCGGCGGGAUGGAGGGCGGAGAGGCAGCGCUUCGUCAGAAGUGCAAGGCGCUUAAAGAUGAGUACGACACACUUCACAAGUGCUACGCAGAUCUCGUCCAGGUACACUCAUCGCACGUGUCGAAGAUGGAGCUUUCGCAAGAAGAUAUGGCUCGGCUCAAAAAGCAGCUGGACGACGCGAAACGCGAGCGUGAUGCUGCACUCCGCGAAUGCGCGGGGCUGCAGCAACAAUGCACGGCCGCCAUCCGACAGUGGGACAACGCACUCAGGGAACGAAACGAUGCGCGCGAACAACUCCAAAGAACCCAACAGCAGCGGGAUGACGCCAUGAAGGAGAUCAACCAGGCAAUGGCCAUCCGGCUUAAGGCUGGCAAAGACCUGAAUAGGCUCACCGAGGAACGCAAUGCAGCUGUACAGGAGUACGCUCUGAUCAUGAGCGAGCGCGACAGUGUACAUAAGGAAAUGGAAAAGUUCCAAGAGGAGCUCGCAACAAAGAAUUCUGAGCUAUCUACUAGCGAGAACAAAAUCAAAAGCUUGCAAGAUGAAAAUGAAGGCCUAAAGCGGGAGAUUGCGUCGGCGCUGCAGGAUCGAGACCGUGCACUCAAGGAGUGUAACCAACUCCGAGAGUGCUCCCCACUGCAAAAGCAGCAUGAACAAGACUCGCAAGCUUAUAAGGAUCAGAUUGAAGCGCUUCACAAAGAAGUUACCAAGCUCAAGAAUGAACUUACCGAAGCUCAACAAGAGGCCGAAGUAAGCAAGCGAAGACGGGACUGGGCGUUCAGCGAGCGUGACAAGAUCGUCCUCGAGAGGGAAAGUAUCCGGGCACUUUGCGACCGUCUGCGAAAGGAGCGCGACCGUGCGGUUUCGGAACUGGCGGAAGCCCUUAGAGACUCGGAUGACGCCAAGAGACAAGCGAAUAAGGAACUUAAUGAACUUCGUCAAAUGCAGCUGGGAGUGGCUCUAAGCAAGGAUUCAGCUAUUGACAUCAUGGAGGAGUUCGAAGCGAGCACCAAAACGGUCAAACUGAAGCUCGAUGGAUUGGAGAACGGCGGAGGGUUUGAGACAUGCAAAAACAAUGAUACAUUGUGGGUUUCCCGAAUAGAAGCUGGAGGUCCCGCCGACGGAAAGCUUCUACUGCAGGACCAAAUUAUUAAAAUCAAUGGAGCCAGUGUAUUCCAGAUGGGAGUUGAAGUUGCGCAAGAGAUGUUACAGAAGGCUACAGACUAUCUCAAGUUGGAGGUGAGGCGUAGAGCCAGUUCUCAGCAUAAGCAUUCCAGUAGAAGGGGCUAUUUCUUUUGUGAACUUCAAAUCCCUGAAAAGGAGACCCAUGGACUCGUACUCGAGGCCGGUGUUUACGUCGCUCAAACUGUCCCAGGCACACCGGGGGCACAAGUAUUACAGGCAGGAGACCGCAUUCUCAGUAUCGAUGGACAGGUCGUUACCGAUAUGCAGCUCGCCCUUGAGAAGCUGGACAAGCCUGGCCGAUUUCAACUUCAAGUUUGUCGAUUCGGCAACUCUAUCAACAGUAGCAGCAAAAACGAUGAUACCAAGGACCGAUCAGCGAAUAUUAUCCUAAAACAGUUCAGCUCGGUGUGUGUUCAGACCGAUGAGAAACUGGCGAAAACAUUGGUAUCACCAUCGGAGAAAAAGGCGUCCAACACGUUAUUGGAUCGCGCUAAAAACAAGAUCUUUGGCGAGAAAAAAUCGACGCGCCCUCUGUCCACGAUACAGAGCAGCAAUGAUACGAAGGAGGCAAUCUUUGAGCUCGACUCUGUCAUUGACCGGUUUUCAAGCGAAAGGAAAUCAGCAAAGAGUCAUAAGGGAUCAAGCACUAGCAGUAGUAAAGAGAAUCAUCGUGGUACUAGCAGCGCUCCAAACAACGGGGGAACUUGGCCGAAAUAUAAGGGUGCUCUGACCGAACACCAGUUACAGGCGGGUGAAAAGGUCUCACUAAACGUAAACACAUUGCAAACAACGCACAAGCGAAAGGAACGUAAGUCAAUUCCAAAACAAUUCUACCACUCGAGUUCUGAUUCCAGCCCCGUUUCUAGCGGAAGCUCACCGAUUAAGAUGGACGCCUAUGUCCCUCAAACGUCCUCCGAGAUCCUUAGGGAGUUCAACAGUUUAGUACAGACGGCGCCCAGUUCGCGAAAUCACUCACAGGAUCGGUAUUAUAGUAUGACUACUCCCAGGCCGCAUUCGAAGCCAUUGGCCGUUAAAGGAUCUUCUGGUCUUGUCACUGCUCAAACCUCUUCUAUGCAAGUGUCUACGCGUCCACGCUCGGCUCACUAUACGGCCUCGAUUCUCGACGGAAGUUACGGAAGCCAUUAUGGAGCGCAUUCGGCUGGAAAUGGCAGUGUGAAAGAGUCCGCCUAUGAAAUGAUUCUCCCGGCUCCGCUAGAGCCAUCAGCUCUCAACUCGCUAAAUCCAUUGAAUACGCUUAACCCGCUCAAUCCACACGGAGCCCUCGGAGGCCAUGGCACUCACAGUGCUGCUUCCCACCACGGCGGUCAUGGAGGGGCUCACAACCCUCUAUAUCCGAACUACUACACGACGGGGAGUAGUCACAGCACGAGGCACGCCAUAUCGGCAGUAGGACACGUUGGUCCCGUGUGCUGUCCUCCGGGGCCUGGUCCUUAUAUGUCACGCAGUGGGGACUCACUCCUCAGCGCAGGAGCAGAGUCGUCGUCAACCAACACAUUCACACCGUCCACCGGGUACGGUAUAAAGGACAGUAGCCAUUACUCAGGGGGUAGUUAUACGCCGUCGCCAUGUCCUUCGUCGCUGGCUGCCUACCAGACGUCAUACAGUCCGACGUAUGGAAUCGAGUUUGGCCACUUUCACGGAGCGCCGUACCCGGGUCCGCACGUCCCUCCUAUUCCGCCGUUGCACGCCGAUCACGGAGCGCUCGGCGGAACUCAUGCUCAUGUGCAUGGCGCGCAUAUGAGCGUGAUGCAUGCGAGUGGCGGAGUCGGAGGCACCGGCAUUGGUGGAGGGGCGCCGACAACGGCCGAUGUUGGAGUGUCAAUUGCCGGUCUUGCCACGUUCCCCAAGCGACAGCAACGCAUCAGGAUUCCGUCAACUCCCAGUGUGAGCUCGUCUGCGGGACGGGUGUCAACGGGCAGCAUUGACCGAGAACAUCAACAUCGACCUGCCUCACCACUGCAGCCGGCGCUGACUGUCGAGCUUAUCAACUCAUCAGGAGGAGACAUUGAGCUCAAUCCGAAGAACCGAAAGCCCAAAGCAGGCGACACACGAAGAAUCAUAAUCGAAAAGAGCAAAGAACCCCUGGGAAUCCAAAUCAAGGGCGGCGCGGGGCAAAGCAUCUUUGUGUCGUCAGUGACUGAGAAUUCGUUAGCGGAAAAAGCUGGCCUACAGAUCGGUGACCAACUCUUGGAAGUGUGCGGCAUUAACAUGCGGAAUGCCACUUAUCAAUUGGCAGCUAACGUUCUACGGCAAUGUCGAGAUAGUAUGACUAUGCUGGUGCAAUUUAACCCUGACAAAUAUCGGGAGGGUUGCUCUACGCCCGGGGGAGCAAGCAGCAGUGCGAGCGAAAGUCCGCCGGAUACACCGCACGCCUCGCCAAAGACCCAGUACCGACAGAGUCAAUCGGGGACAGCGGGCAGUGGCCCUAACGUGACCAUGGCCACUGGUGGUGUCGUCGUCGUUAGUGGAAGUGGCAACGGCAGCAGUAGUGUCACAAAACGCCACCGCAGCCCGGGAGCCGCUGGGCCCAGUGUAUGCGUCGACGCGCGGGAAGCUCGAAGCCGUUCGAAUGACGAUCUAUCGUCGGCGGGUGGGAACUCAACGUUGACCCGAAGCAGUCAUAAAAGUGUAGGAGGAGGCGUUGGAGGCACCGUGUACCUGCCUCAACCGCUGCAGGCACACGGCCAUUCCCAUACAAAAAUGGUCGGUAGCGGAGGUGAGCCUAGUAGUGGGAAUAGCGGUGGCAGCAAACGCGAACCCACUGCUGUGAGUAGCAUUGGAGCCGUGGGUAGUAGCGUUAGCAAAGGCGGUGUUCGGUGCGAUUCGUCAAAGCCAACAGAGCCCCGUGUCGUUGUGCUGAACAAACCCAGCAGCUCGAACCUCGGCAUCACUCUGCUGGGCGGCAAUGCUGUCGGUAUAUUCGUUCACUCGGUAGAGCCGGACUCGCCCGCGGCCACUGGCCUGCGACCCGGCGAUCAGAUUCUUGAGUACAACGGGAUCGAUCUACGUAAUUUCACUGCGGAAGACGCAGCCUCGGAGUUAGCUAAGCCGACGGGCGAGAGCGCACAAUUGAAGGUGCUUGUUCAGGAGAACAUGGAGAGGUACAUGGAAAUUCAGGAGUAUGGCAGCGGCGAUGCGUUUUAUGUUCGCGCUCUUUUCGACCGGCCUGCCACUGAUGGAUCUCUACCCAUCAAGAAAGACGACGUAUUCUUUGUCGAUAACACCAUGUAUAAAGGCGUCAACGGUCUGUGGCGUGCCUGGUUGGUCGACCAGGAAGGACGAAAGUCGCGAUGCGGAUUCAUUCCGUCGCGCUACAAAGCCGAGGAAGAGUUGGUACUGAGACGCUCCCUGCUCGACAUGGCGGCGGAUGAAGCCGGAAGAAGAGGUUCAGCCCGUCGCAGCUUCUUUCGGCGCCGCUCGAAGAACGCAAGCACCCGCGAGAUCGCGGCCUACUCUGACGCAUCAAUUAACUCUUCAAGUUACUCCGCCGGCUCGGCAGCGUCGAUGCUCGCUGCCGAUGAGCUGCUCCCUCCGCCGACUUACCAACGGGUCGAGAAACUUUGCUAUACGAGCUUUCGGCCUGUAAUUCUGAUUGGGCCGCUAAACGACGCCGUGAUGGAGAAGCUAGAACAGGACUACCCAGACAUGUUCCAGCGAUGCCUAGCGGAGGCCAUGCGCGGAACACCGCACCUUAUGGAGAAAGGUGUUAGCGAGCUCAAAAUUCUGGAUUUCCAAAGGAGAGGCUCUCAUUUCGAAUGCACCACUAUCAGUGCCAUUAAAGCAAUUUGCGAACAGAGUCACGCGUUUUUAGACGUGAGCUUAAGCCUAGAUGUGAUCAUAGAGCGCUUGAAGAAGUGCCAAAUCUAUCCGAUUGUAAUCUUUAUCAAGUUCAAGUCUACGAAACAGAUUCGUGAGGUGAAGGAUUGCCGUUAUCUUACCGAGAAGAUGACUACGAAAGCCGCUAAGGAAAUGUUCGAACAUUCGGUCAAAAUCGAAAGUGAAUACAAACACCUUAUCAAUGGCGUAAUCCAAGGCAACAAUCUCACGUAUAUGUGCACACAGGUGAAGACGUGCGUUGAGGACCAACAGAAUAAAACGGUCUGGAUCUCAACAGCUAGCGUGCAAUAUUAGCCUCGCUAUAAACACUGGCAAUACGACAUAUGCUGACGAGUUGCGCCAAAGGUUCGGGUGGUCGUGGUCAGUCUUCCAGCGUUAUUAAAUGACACCACCAAUCAAUCAAAUAAAAACCAAAGCGAAACAAAUCAGCAGUACCAAACGAACGCCUGUAUCCCAAGCAAUAAUACUUAUUUCGCAACAGCUGCUGCAAAAACAGCAAUUGUUGUUUAUACAAUAAGUCAGCGAUACUCCAAGCGAUUAUAACUAUAUUAUCGUUAAUAAUGGCGAUAAGAAUAAACGUAUAUAUGAAUAAUGAUAGCAACUAUGUAACGCUAAUAUCGACUAUAGAAAGUCUAGAAUAGGACAGCCAUCGUUUCGGAACAGGCCUGGUAUCUGCUGAUAAUGAGGUAUCUGGCGUUCGCGUUCGCCGCAGACGCAGCUUCGCUGAGAACGCAAACGAAAACAUCGACUUUAACAACAACAGCAGCAGCAGCAGCAACAGCAGCAGCAGCAGCAACAGCAGCAGCAGCAGCAGCAGCAACAGCAGCAACAGCAGCAGCAGCAGCAACAACAACAACAACAGAGAGAAUUGCGAAGAGCGAUUAGUCGAUCGUUCCCUGUAAUUACGUAAAAUGGCUAACGUGAACUAACACUAGUGAAACAAGUUAUAGUACUGUUAUAUAACAAUAGUAGUUCCAAUAUUACCGAACGUAUAUUCGUUUUGUUGGCGUUCAUUUCAAAGUACCGCUUCUCUUCGGGCUGUCAGAUAGAUAGUCGUCCAAUGUAGAUUAACAACCCAAUGAUGACGAUGAUCUACACGACCACUGCAGACUGACAACAGCGACGACUCGUCCAGAACCGAGAGAGAGAGAGGGAGAGGGAGAGGGAGAGUAAGCUAAAUUUGUUGAAGAACUCAGAUGUUGACGGUUCAGGGUUAAUAGUAAAGGCCGCAAAAAGCUUCAAUUGUCGUCAUUGUAACGUGACGCACAGACACAUGAUUGAACACGUGCAGCGAUGUUGGUAGAGCGAUCCAAAGCGCCUAUGCGUGUUUUUUUCUUUCUUUAAAUAAAACAAAAAUCACACAGUAUAACGAUUUAUUUUGCUAGCUAGUUUUGUAUCUAUCACAUACACGUCUGCAUUGAUAAUAUAUGUAGUGAUCGUUACGUUGAGUAAUUAGUGUAAAAUUGUGGUUAAUAAUAAAAUUAUCUGUUUUAGACUUUUUUUUUUUGCCUAUGUACGAUGUAGUAGGGAGGGCGUAUCCGGGUGCGCGGUGCUACAAACGUAGUCCUUUGUAAGGAGUUCGCUGUAGGGCAGAACUUGCCCCGGCAGCGAAGAGUAGCAAUAAUUUCAUCUGCUGGAGAUUGUAUAUCGUCGUUAACGAAAGAGCAGAAGGGUCUGCGCGAUAGACCUGCUUGGCAAACAACCAACGACAUCCACCACUGCUCCUCUGAACAGUAUAAUUUUUACGCAGCCGUAACUACAGGAGGCCCUACCGUUUCUACGAACGCUGAGUUUAUUGAGCGGCUACGUGCUUUUUUAUUGUUUAGCUUCUGCAGUGUCGAUAUGAAUUUCCAUCACCGCUGUCCGGUAUCGUCACAACUAUCCAGAGUGAAUUGUAUGAAAAGUAGAAAAUAAACCUUGAGCAAUUGAAUGUGGCUAAUAACUAAGACGGAGCAUUUGUCAUCUAUAGAUUAAUUUGUUUUUUUCAAUGGGAUUUACUAUGCUCGUCUUCACUAAUUAUCCCAUUGUAACAACGGAUGGACUUCACCCUUACCUAAGGCAAUACAAUGUGCAAGCAGGCAAUGGUCAUCAACAGAUAGAGUAAGCAUGAUUCGCAAGUCAUUGGUUAAAUCUUUCGUGGAAAUAUAUUAACAAAAUUACUGCACAGACAAAUUAUGUACACGAUGAGGAAAUCGUACCAGAGGCGUUAUUUCUGCUACAACGGGUUGUAACGAUCUGUGAUGGAACUUGUGUGGCCGAUAUAAUGCCCCUACCUCUACUAUUACAACAACAUAACUAAUGAAAAGUAGUUACUAACGUUGUAUGGAUAAAUGGCAAGUUAUUGUUGAACGUGCAUCAGAGGGAGCUCGGCUGUCGUGCCACUGACGAGUUUCGGAAUCUACGCGUUAGCUAAACGCGUAGAUUGUGUGCGUAGGGCGUGCUACUAAUACGAAUACUGACUCUCUUUGGGUAUAGCUUUUUCGGCUAGACGCUGUAAACGUUUGAGUCAUCGGUGUGGCCUAGUAAAGA